UUCAGAACCUCUAUUGUAAGAGAAGCAGGCUGAUGAAUGUCUUAUCACACAUAAUUGCAUCAUCAUCACCACCUGAAAUCAGGUCUGCUGUCUCUUUAAGACCCCUUCCCAGCAUGCAUUGCUGUGAAUGGGCAGUUUUCUGCUGUAGUCUGUAGUCUGACAGCAGCGGCUGCGGCAGCAAAUGCACUCAGCUGAGGAGAAACUGCAUCUUAUGGGCGAUUGGGUGGGAGUGGAUCUCAGUCCAGCCUCGACACGCACCGCUCUGAGACGCCAUCUGCAGAAGACGAGUCGCAGCCGUUCGAGGGGCUUUUGGGAGCAGGAUUGAGCGUUUAGUUGUUGGAUGCUGUGUUUGGGAGGGGAUCUCACACAGAUGUGCUCCAGGUUGAGCUGUCACUCACACAGGCUGUGGAUGUGUGUAUUCUGGGGAAGGGGGUGGGAUCCAAUACAGCUCAUCUCUAACACGCCACUGCAAACCGCAUAUUGAAUGUGACGACUCGUAUUUGUUCCAGUUUAAAGGAGCGCUCCAACAGCCUCUUGCCCAACAACAAGACCUUCUCACUGUCCAGAACCUGCUCGGCCGUCUUCUUCCUCAACACGCUCAAGCGCAACUCUAUCCAAAGACACAAGGACCGACUGGCAUCAGAGAAAAUACCAAGACAGCAAAAGAUGAAGGAAAAAGAGGAGGAGAAGAAUGCGAAAGAGGAAAAACCUGCGGCGCCUGUAGUGCCUGUGGUGCCUGUGGUGCCCAUGGCCUCAUCAGAGGCAGGCAGCAGUGAGCUCUGUUAUUUCUGCAACAAGCAUCUAUACGUGGUGGAGAGAGGAAGCGCUGAGGGCAAGUUCUUCCAUCGCAGUUGUUUCAAUUGUUAUCAGUGCGGCUCCACUCUACGGCAGGGCGGAUACACUUUCCUCUCUGACACAGGGAGAUUCUACUGUGAGCUGCACUCAGCGGCUGAGGAAGAGGAGGGUGAUGAAGGUCACAGAGGCUCACAGCAUCAAAUCGAAGAUGGCCUUAAUGAGGAGGAUGGUAAGGAGAAAAAUGGUGAAACAGUGAAGAUUUCAUCCCCACCUCCACCGGUCUCUGUAAGACGGAAGGGCUCGUACAAGAUCUCCGUUGACCCUGACUUUGAAGAAUCGACUGAGUGUCUCACUCCCACAGAGCAAGAAGACCAACUGCCAUCUAGCUCUGACGAAGCAAACAAACCCCCAGAGCUCAGUCCAGAGAGCACAGGCAUCAAGAACCAACAAAAUAACAGCAGUCCGUCCGUUCCAGUGCCGGCCCCUCGACAGUCCAGAGCUCCGCUCCCAAAACCUCGCACUGUCCAUAACGUGGUGCCUCAACUUUCAAAUACCCCUGAAGAACCAGAGCAGAACCAAGAGGAAACUCCGGAAUCCAAACCUUCACUGCGUAAACUUCAGCUGAGCCAAGAGGAGAAGGCCGACCUGCUCAGCCAGGAUUCAGACUCGGAGACGCCCGCCUCGUCUUCUGCCACCUCCACCUCCUCUUCCUCCAAGCAGCAAGAAGGAGGCGAGGAGGAGGGCUAUUGGAGCGGAGGUACCGCGACCGGGAUGAGCUUGCGGGACCAGCGCAACCGGCGCUGCAUGAGAAGGAAGAGCGAACCACAACCUUCUGCACACUCGCAACACGGAAAGAUGCGCUCCAAGUUUUCCCCAUGGAAUCUGUCUUCGCCUCGACUGCAUCAGCGCUUCAGCGUCCUCAAAGUCGCACCUACAGAACAAGCUCAACCAGAACAUUAUGUAUCAGAAGACGAUAAUGAAGAAGGUGUUGACGAUGACGAAGAGGAGAAUGAAGAAGAUCUUCAAGGAGAAGACCGUUAUUUGGAUUGCAAGGGGGCUGAUUUUGAGAUUUCCGAGUCAGAGAAACGCGACCUAAAGAGGAUGAAAACUCUGGAGCGCAAAGCAAAGAUGAGCGAAAUCCAGCGCUUCCACAAAGCUCAGACGAUUCAGAGACGGCUGGAUGAGAUAGAAGUGACCUUUAAAGAGCUGGAGGAGAAGGGAGUGGAGCUGGAGAGAGCUUUGAGAGGAGAGGCUGGUUCAGACCCUGAGACGAUUGAUCACUGGAUUGAACUGGUCCAGGAGAAGAACAAUCUGCUCUCAGAGGAGUCGGAUCUCAUGGUUGCGUCUCGACAGCUGGAGCUGGAAGACAAACAGAGCAUGUUAGAGCAGGAGCUACGGAGAUACAUGGAAAUGGAUGACUCUGAGAAAACCCCUGAGCAGCGAGAACAUGAGAAUCAGGUCCUGCAGGAGAUGCUGGACGUGGUGGACAUGAGGGAUUCACUGGUGGCCUUCCUGGAGAAGGAAGUCAAUGAAGAAGUCAUGAUGAGGCUGGGGAACUCAGUGCUGGGGCCAAGAGAUUCAACAGCAGCACAUACAUGA